AUGGCAGUAACUAUGAGAAUGGGAGUGUCAACAGUGUCUGAAAUAGUUCAUGAGACAUGUAAAGUUAUUUGGGAAGAGAUGGUUGAAGAGUUCAUGCCAGUCCCCACAGAAGAACAAUGGAAAAAAAUAGCAACUGAUUAUUACAAGCGGUGGAAUUUUCCGAAUUGUUUGGGCUCUAUUGAUGGCAAACAUUGUCAAAUUAAAUGUCCUGCUAAUUCCGGUACAAGUCAUUUUAAUUACUUAAAAUAUUUUUCGUUGGUAUUACAAGGUGUAGCCGAUGCAGAAAAGAAAUUUAUCACCAUUGAGGUAGUGGCAAGAGGUAAACAAAGCGAUGGUGGGACAUUUGCCUCUUCAUCGUUAUUCAAACAUUUGGAAUCAAAUAGUUUAAAUAUACCACCGAACCAAAAUCUACCAGGAACAAACAUUGAAGCACCAUUUGUGUUUAUCGGAGAUGAAGCUUAUCCAUUAAAAUCGUACUUAUUAAGACCUUAUCCUAGUCGUAAUUUGAAUCAAAUUAAAGAAAAUUUUAAUAAUAGAUUAUCGGCAGGUUAG